AACCAAGAUCCCCGUAACCCCGGCUGUUCCUUGCGGCGGAUAUACAAGUGCUGAGGUGCGCGCCCUGUUUGGUGGGAGUGAUGUAAAGCAUUUUUUGCUUCGCUCAACUAUCUCUACUUUUCUCUCGGUACUUACUCUUUUCGAGUAUCUGCCUAACUCUCGUUUCGCUACUUUUGAUAAGAGCGCUGGUAUAUUUUGAUUGAUACGGGCUAUCAAGUCUCUUCAGCUUUGAUAGCUACCUCAUACAACAUCUCGAUCUUCACAUCGAUUUUUUGCGUCAUACACCUAUCUCGACACAAUCUACAACCUCUACCCAAACACCAACCAUGCGUUCCUUCAUCAUCAUGGCCCUGGUGGCCCUCGUCGCCAUCUGCACCGCGAUGCCCAUCUCCCCUGCCGCACCUCGAUUCCAAAAGCGAGCGGAACAAUACCGUUUACAAGGACUCCGCGAGUUCGAAAUCGCAGAACGCCUGACAAACUCGGCAUCAUCAGCCUACGUCGACACAUGGCGCACCAGGCUAAACAACAAAUUACACGCCCUAUUCGAACCUUUGGAUACAGACGAGCAGGAGUUCUCUGUAGAGUUCACUAUUGACGAAAAGGGUGACUUUUCUGGCGAUCUUGUACCAGGAUCUCUAGAGGCGCCGCAGGUUCUACCAAAGCCACCGAAGGAAGGGGGUUUCUGGGACAGGCUAUGUUCCAGGUUUCAUAGCGCGGAGAGCAGCUUUGGGUACGAAGGCAAGGAGCGUGAGAUGCGGAGACCUGAGGGCAUGAGGGAUUGGAAGAUGUCAUAUGGAGGGUUCCGCCGUUAGGGGAGGGUUCCGCCGUUAGGGGAGGUUCUUCAGGAUAGCUUUGAUCUUCUAUUACAUAUUUUCGAUUGCGUACCUUGCA